GUUGGACGGGCAAAAGGUGUAUUGAAGAAUUUUCUGAUUGAACCAUUUGUACCUCAUCAACAGGAUGAAGAAUUUUAUGUCUGUAUUUAUGCUGCUCGGGAAGGUGACAUUGUGCUGUUCCAUCAUGAGGGUGGGGUGGAUGUUGGUGAUGUUGACUCGAAAGCCCAGAGAUUCCUGGUGGAAGUUGACGGAAAUCUGACUGAGCAGGAUGUUAUUAUGCAUUUGCUCCAGCAUGUGACUGCAAGCAGGAAAAGCACUUUGGCCUCUUUUAUUGUUGGACUCUUCAAACUGUAUGAAGAACUGUACUUCACCUACCUCGAGAUUAAUCCAUUAGUUGUUACUGCCUCUGGAAUAUUUGUCCUUGAUAUGGCAGCAAAGAUAGAUGCCACAGCAGAUUACAUAUGCAAGAGUAAAUGGGGAGAUGUGGAAUUCCCACCACCGUUUGGGAGAGAAGCUUAUCCUGAGGAAGCUUAUAUUGCUGAUCUUGAUGCAAAGAGUGGAGCCAGUCUGAAGCUGACUAUCCUGAACCCUAAGGGUAGGAUUUGGACAAUGGUGGCUGGAGGAGGUGCCUCUGUUGUAUACAGUGACACCAUCUGUGACCUUGGAGGAGUGGAUGAGUUGGCAAAUUAUGGAGAGUAUUCGGGUGCCCCCAGUGAGCAGCAAACCUAUGAUUAUGCUAAGACCAUUUUGUCUCUAAUGACCAGAGAGCAACAUCCAGAAGGAAAAAUCCUCAUUAUUGGAGGUAGCAUUGCUAACUUCACAAACGUAGCAGCAACAUUUAAGGGCAUUGUACGUGCCAUCAAGGACUACCAAACCCCGUUGCAGAAUCAUAACGUCUCCAUUUUUGUCAGGAGAGGUGGACCCAAUUACCAAGAGGGUCUCCGUGUCAUGGGUGAAGUUGGGAAGACAACUGGAAUUCCUAUCUAUGUUUUUGGAACAGAAACGCACAUGACUGCAAUUGUGGGAAUGGCACUUGGUCACCGAACCAUUCCUGACCAGCCACCCAUGGCUGCCCACACUGCCAACUUCCUUCUAAAUGCCAGCGGCAGUCCAUCAACUCCAGCCCCCAGCAGAACUGCUUCUUUCUCUGAUUCAAAACCUGAUGAUACCAACAGAACAUCGAUGAGUCUGAAGCAGAACAUUCCACAUGAAGGAAAGGCAAGGCAAGAAAAGAAAAGAGGUAAAGCCACCACCCUUUUUAGCCGCCACACCAAGUCCAUUAUUUGGGGAAUGCAGACACGAGCUGUACAAGGAAUGCUGGACUUUGAUUAUGUCUGUUCACGGGAUGAACCAUCUGUUGCAGCCAUGGUCUACCCAUUCACUGGUGAUCACAAGCAGAAGUUCUACUGGGGUCACAAGGAAAUCCUCAUUCCUGUCUACAAGAACAUGGCUGAUGCCCUGAAGAAACACCCUGAGGUGGAUGUGCUUAUCAACUUUGCCUCCUUACGUUCUGCCUAUGAUAGCACUGUGGAAACAAUGAGCUUCUCUCAGAUCCGGGCAAUAGCAAUAAUUGCUGAAGGAAUCCCUGAAGCAUUGACCCGAAGAUUAGUCAAGAUGGCAGAUGAGAAAGGUGUCACUAUCAUUGGGCCAGCUACGGUGGGUGGCAUAAAACCAGGCUGCUACAAAAUAGGGAACACAGGUGGUAUGCUGGAUAACAUCCUGGCCUCCAAGCUGUACCGUCCUGGCAGUGUAGCGUAUGUGUCUCGCUCUGGUGGAAUGUCUAAUGAGCUCAACAAUAUCAUCUCCAGAACCACCGAUGGAGUCUAUGAAGGGGUUGCUAUUGGUGGAGAUCGGUAUCCAGGAUCUACAUUCAUGGACCAUGUCUUGCGUUAUCAGGACACACCAGGAGUUAAGAUGAUUGUUGUCCUUGGAGAGAUUGGUGGAACUGAGGAGUACAAGAUCUGCAUGGGGAUUAAGGAAGGACGAAUUACAAAGCCUGUGGUCAUCUGGUGCAUUGGCACUUGUGCAACCAUGUUUGCCUCUGAGGUGCAGUUUGGCCAUGCUGGUGCCUGCGCUAAUGAGAAUUCUGAAACAGCAAUAGCCAAAAACCAGGCCCUGAGAGAGAGUGGGGCUAUUGUGCCAAGGAACUUUGAUGAACUUGGAGAGGUCAUCAAAAAUGUUUAUGACGACCUCGUUGCUAAGGGUGUGAUUGCACCUGCUCAAGAAGUUCCUCCUCCGACUGUGCCAAUGGACUAUUCCUGGGCAAGAGAGCUGGGUCUAAUCCGUAAACCAGCUUCCUUCAUGACCAGCAUCUGUGAUGAACGGGGUCAGGAGCUCAUCUAUGCAGGGAUGCCCAUCACUGAAAUCUUCAAGGAGGAAAUGGGCCUUGGAGGUGUCUUGGGCUUGCUGUGGUUCCAGAGGAGAUUGCCAAAACAUGCCUGCCAUUUUAUUGAGAUGUGCCUGAUGGUAACAGCAGAUCAUGGUCCUGCUGUCUCUGGAGCUCACAACACCAUUGUCUGUGCGCGAGCAGGGAAGGAUCUUAUCUCCAGCCUCACCUCUGGCCUCCUUACCAUUGGUGAUCGGUUUGGAGGGGCCUUAGAUGCAGCUGCUAAGCAAUUCAGCAAAGCCUUUGACAGCAGCCUCAUUGCGAUGGACUUUGUCAAUAAGAUGAAAAAAGAAGGGAAGCUGAUUAUGGGAAUUGGACAUCGGGUGAAGUCGAUUAACAAUCCAGACAUGAGGGUCCAGAUCCUAAAGGAUUUUGUGAAGCAGCAUUUCCCGGCCACACCUCUCCUUGACUACGCACUGGAAGUGGAGAAGAUUACUACCUCCAAGAAACCAAAUCUUAUCCUGAAUGUUGAUGGUUUUAUUGGUGUUGCCAUGGUUGACUUGCUAAGAAACUGUGGUGCAUUUACAAGGGAGGAAGCUGAUGAGUAUGUGGAGAUUGGUGCUCUGAAUGGAAUCUUUGUGCUAGGGCGAAGUAUGGGCUUUAUUGGACACUAUCUGGAUCAGAAGCGUUUGAAGCAAGGAUUGUACCGUCACCCGUGGGACGAUAUCUCUUAUGUCUUACCAGAACAUAUGACCAUGUGAACAUUGUUAGCUUGGAAUGGGGCCUCAGUGCAGAACCAUCACCCUGAUCCCACUGUCGCUCACCUCAAAGGUGUUUACAUUGCUUUUCUUCUGUGCAUUGAAGUUCUUGGAAGGAGGGGAAAGGGAAUCUUGUGUCUUGACCAAUUGUGCAAACAAUGUGCUUCAUGAAAUGACGCAGCUGUUCUUAAUUAAAACCAAACCAAAUACAUGCUGUUACAAGUCCAUUAGGAGGUCGCUGAAACCUGGUGUCAAACUGGGUAUGGGUGUGUACGUGCACAAGUCGCACAUUAUUUGGGAAUCUAGUGUAAGCUAUAAAGAGAAAGUGAAGAAUCGGUGUUGUCAGGAGUUCUUUGUCUGCACUGCCAUUGCAGAAUACAGCAGAACCCAAAGUAGAUUUGUUCCUUCAUUUGAAUUACUUUCAGGAAAAUUAUCCAAAAAUAUUUUUUGUUGCAUUGCUGUAGAAACAUUUCCAUUCAGCGAAGCUUAUUCUCUGUUCAAGUAGGAUUUUUUUGUUUACAAAAUCAGUAAACUGGGAACUCAGGGUGGGGUUUGAUAAUUGUUAAUUGUCUGAAGUAAGCAGCGAGAAAGUUGAACAAACAAAAGCCGUAGGCAGCUUGCAAACCAUAGCUAUCCACCUGGAGAUGUACUGACAACUCCAUUCACUUGCACUUUUUUCUCUGCUGAUUCGACCUAAUUCUGCAGGGCCAGAGAUUUGGAAAGGACUGAUCUAGGUGCU